AUGAGGAAUCCAAUGGAGCCAGUAGAAAUGCUGGGCAUCACUUUGAGGAACCAAGUGAGUGAUCAGAGUAGUGAAGAGGUUCGGGAGCGACUUCUGGACGAGAGCCUCUUGAAACUGUCGGGCGAGCACAGUUGUGACACACUACGAACCCCUUCAGCCAGUAAUGAUGCAACCCGUCGAAACCCGGACUUUUCCAGUACGGUGCCCUACGGACUACCCCAGCCACGUCUUCCGGCGCUAUGGUGA